GACUGACGCUCCCACGCAAUUUCGGCAAACCCACGGGAGGCACAAAAAUUCUCGAAAUACAUACAAAAUCCAAUCCAGAAAAUUACUUGAGAAGAAGAAAAUAUCCGUUUUCCCAUGGCUUCGUUUACUCUUCCUCCUGAAUCAUAACCUACCAACGCGGCUCUGAAUCUCCCCCCACAGUCUACCACCGUGCCCUACAGCUUCCGCCGUGCCGUACCUUCGCGUCACCGCCGACGUCAGGAUCCCGCGCCAGCGCGCCGCCCCGCGGCUCCCCUCCACACCCCGGCUCCCCGCCCCAGCGACUCAGCAAACAUCCUCGCAUCUCACGCGCGCCGCCGCCAUCGCCGUUCUCGUUCCAACUGACCUUCACAAUUUCUGGGGGUGCCGGUGCGCACCCGGCACACCAUCCAGAUCCGCCCCUGGCUGCUGCAGUUGCCCCCACGGGCUGCUCUGCAGGCGGGUAGAUGGUGAGGGGCGCCACCUGGCAUGGACCAAGGUGAACCCUCGUUGAAGCCAGAGUGGCUGUUGCGGGUGCCUGGGACAGUGGCCGCCACGAACCUCCGGCCUGCAACUUCACCCCGUGUUGAUGAUCAAGGCAGCAUAGCUUCAUCAAGAAACCGAUCAUCAGGCCGCGACCGUGAACAGAGUUCACAACAAUCCUCGUCACGUAGGAAUUCAGGCUCAAAUGGGUCCAAACGGCAUGAUGGAGAUGGUGCAGCGAAAUCAAGAGGCUAUGCAAGUUUUGGAAGGACUAACUCAGACAGAAGUCGAGAAAAGGUCUCUGAUCUCCGUGAUAGGGAGGCUAAGUUGGAUCCACCAGAUGAUCCCUUGCGCGAUGGCUUUAGUUCAUUUAGCUCAUGCAGGCCUGAAAGAGAUAGGCUUAAUCGAACUCGUUCAAAACUGGACACGUUGAGUCGGGCCGCAGGAGUAAGCUUAGGCAAUGAUAAUGUAUCGAGAAUGGAUGCCGAGUUUGAGCGAAAAUUCCCACAGCUUGGUUAUGAUGACAAGAAUGUAAAGCAAGAUAUCAGCAGAGUUCCAUCUCCUGGAAUUGGCACUCCCAUGCAGAGCAUACCAUUGGUUUGUCCGCCUGAUGGCUGGAAUUCAGUGCUAGCAGAGGCUCCUAUACUUAGUGAACCAAGCAAUAACCCUGUUUCCUCCACUUUGUCAUGUGGUGGUUCUUGUGGGACCACAUUAAGCAUGGCUGAAACAGUGCUACAAGCGCCAUUGAAAAUUUCAACUGCACCCCAGUUAUCAGUUGAUGCUCAGAAGAUCGAAGAACGGUCUAUGAAGCAGUGUAUUCUAAGACCUUUGACACCUUCAUCGAAUAAAAAUUCUGUACUAAGUUCUUCGGAUAAACUAAAAGCCAAAGGUGCAAGAGUCGGAGAUUCUAAUGGUCUGAUCAAGGGUGCACCACAACUGUCAAUACAGUCUUCUAGCAGCUCUGUUCGUACUCCAGUCAAAACUGAGCUGAUGAAGCCAUCUCAAUCCGGGAGCUUUCAAAUUCUGACCCGCGAGCAGAAUGGUGCUGCAAACACCACCAAAGACUGCACAACCAACCCUGUGAGCCCUGUUGUAGGUCGAUGUUCUUCUGUGGAACCACCGAAAAAGUCUAUUGUGAACCAAAAGCUUAAGGGUGUGAGUAAUGGUCUCCCUUUGCAUAGUCUACAAGGUCCAUUUGGUGAGAGAAAAACAAUUACAAAAGAUAGGAAUAAAUUCUUUGAGUUGCUGCGGAGCAAGUCUCUAAAUGGUUCAGGCACUGCUAUCGAGUCUACAUCUACCUUGAUUGAUGAACAACAAAACAAUUGUGUUACUUUGUCCUUGUUCAGUUCUGGGAUGAAGUGUACCAAAAAUGGCAAUAGUUUCUGUGAGAAAACACAUUCUUCUGGUGGAUCUCAGCGAGAUCACUCCGAUGAUGAGGAAGCCAUGCGACCUUCGGAACAUCAUGAUGUUUCUGCAGUUUCUGAAGGCGGUUCACACGAACAGGGUAUUCUUGCUGUCAACAGGGAUGCCAACUCUUCAUCAGAGCAUCCUGACACAGAAGUUGUAGCACCUAUGCCCCAGACAGACAACACUGAAGCCACUGUAUCUAUCAUACCCACAGUUAUAAAUGCUGAUUCCCCAAGAUCAAACUCUGACUACGAUGAUGCCCGUUUGUUGCUUGAGCCUAGUAGAGCAGGUGAAGCAGAGUCUUGUCCUGCUGAAGACAAACCUAGUCCAGAAGAAAUGGCUUUCCUGCUGUCUCUUGGUUGGAAUGAGCAUGAGGUUGUUCCACCUCUGCAACAGGAAGAGAUUGCUGAUUGUUUAAGGCGCAACGAGAGGCUGCAGCAGAAGUUUCAGGAAUGUAGGGGCUAAUCAUCCAAUUAACGGAGCAACAUUAAUCGCAUCGUCACCAGGUAGAGAUGUGGAUGAAGCUGUGUCAUGAAUCAUUACGGGCUAUGUUUACUACAGGUGUCAGGGAUGCUUGUCUAGCUUACAGGCCGAGAGUUCUUUUUUUUUUCUCCCGUUAAUGCUUCAGCAUUAUGGGGAAAGUUUCAUGAGUAUAACUGACAUUCCUCCCUGCUGAAGAGGAGUUUUAGGGUUUUCUUCCUCAUUUUGGCAAAAGGAAUCUCAAACAAAAGUCUGCCUGCUGCAGGAGGCACAUAGGUGUGCUUGCUCUGAAAGAAUAGGACCUCUUUCUUUUUUUCUUCUACUUCUCAUGGCUUGUCCUUGUUCCAGAAAGCAAAAGAAAAGAAAAGAGAAAAUGCAUAGAUCUUGAUCUCAAAUUUUGCCCUA